AUGUCGGCAUCAGCUAUUUAUAUUUUGGAUAUGAAAGGCAAAGUGCUCAUAUCUCGGAAUUACCGUGGAGAUAUUGAGAUGAAUGUGAUCGAGAAGUUUAUGCAAUUGCUAUUAGAAAAAGAAGAUGAAUCUCAACUAUCCCCGAUCUUCGAAAAUGGCGACGUUGCUUUCGUCUAUAUAAAAUAUAACAAUGUUUAUCUUGUGUGUACAACGAAGAUUAACGCAAAUGUUAUUAUGGUUUUAUCGUUUCUCUACAAAUGUGUGCGUGUAUUUUGUGAAUAUUUUAAAGAAUUGGAAGAAGAAUCGAUUCGAGAUAAUUUUGUUAUCGUUUACGAAUUACUCGAUGAAUUAAUGGAUUUCGGUUUUCCUCAAUCGACUGACUCUAAAAUUCUUCAAGAAUAUAUUACGCAAGAAGGACAUAAACUCGAAGAUGUUCGUCCCCCUCCAGCUUUAACUCAAACAGUCAGUUGGCGAUCCGAAGGAUUAAAAUAUCGGAAAAACGAAGUUUUCCUCGAUGUUAUUGAAUCUGUCAACCUUUUAGUGAGUUCAAAUGGCAAUGUUCUACGUUCGGAAAUCAAUGGAGCAAUCAAAAUGCGUGUUUAUCUCAGCGGCAUGCCUGAAUUACGUUUAGGCCUCAAUGAUAAAGUUCUUUUCGAAACAACAGGACGUACGAAAAACAAGGGUGUUGAAUUAGAAGAUGUCAAAUUUCACCAAUGUGUUCGUCUAUCUCGUUUUGAAAAUGAUCGAACGAUUUCUUUUGUUCCACCGGACGGUGAAUUCGAAUUGAUGUCUUAUCGAUUGAACACCCAAGUCAAACCAUUGAUCUGGAUUGAAUCCUCGAUCGAGAAACAUUCUCAUUCACGUGUUGAAUACAUGGUUAAGGCAAAAUCACAAUUUAAACGUCGUUCGACGGCAAAUAACGUAGAAAUAAUCAUUCCUGUUCCAUCGGAUGCUGACACAGGUCGAUUUAAAACAACGUGUGGGACGGUGAAAUAUGUUCCCGAAAAGAAUUCAAUGAUUUGGUCAAUGAAAUCCUUCCCAGGUGGAAAAGAAUUUCUAAUGCGCGCUCAUUUUCAACUACCAAGCGUUCAAAGCGAAGAUCAAGAAGCCAAACCUCCAAUUCAAGUCAAAUUUGAAAUACCUUACUUUACGACGUCAGGCAUUCAGGUUCGUUACUUAAAAAUCAUAGAAAAAAGUGGUUAUCAAGCAUUACCAUGGGUUCGAUAUAUAACACAAAAUGGCGAUUAUCAAAUUCGUACACAAUGA